AUGGCUUCCAAAUCCCAAACCCUAGAGUUAAACUCCACCCAGUUAUUCACCACCGCUCUUCAAUCCCUCAAUCUCCCAAAACCUCCCCUCCCACUCCCUCCACUCCCAUCAUCUUCCUCCAUUCCCCACUCCAAACUCAUCCCCAACACCCGCUUCCUCAUCGACGCAUUCCGCCACUCCUGCGACUUCUCCGUUUCCUACUUCCUCUCCCACUUCCACUCUGACCACUACACCGGCCUCACCUCCUCCUGGUCUCGCGGUAUCAUCUUCUGUUCCCCCACCACCGCUACCCUCCUCAUCCGCAUCCUCAACAUCCCUCCCCCUUUCAUCUACCCUCUCCCUCUUCACCAACCUGUCCUAAUCGAUGGCUCUUCUAUCACCCUCAUCGAUGCCAAUCACUGUCCCGGCGCCGUUCAGUUCCUCUUCCACGUUCCCCAAUCCAUGAGGUAUGUUCAUACUGGCGAUUUUCGGUUUAAUCCUAAAAUGAUAUUGGAUCCUGCACUUGUGCAAUUUAUUGGUGCUGAUGCUGUGUUUCUGGAUACAACUUAUUGUCACCCUAAAUUUGUUUUCCCUUCGCAAGACGAGUCUAUUAAUUAUGUUGUUGAUGUUGUGAAUCAAUGUGAUGGUGAGAAUGUAUUGUUUCUUGUUGCUACUUAUGUUAUUGGUAAGGAGAAGAUUUUGCUUGAGCUUGCUAGGAAGUUUGGGAAGAAGGUUCAUGUGGAUGCUAGGAAAAUGGAGGUUUUGAAGGCUCUUGGGUAUGGAGAGAGUGGUGAGUUUACCGAGGAUGUUUUAGAGACUAAUAUUCAUGUUGUUGGGUGGAAUGUGUUGGGGGAGACUUGGCCUUAUUUUAGACCUAAUUUUGUUAGGAUGAAGGAGAUUAUGAUUGAGAGAGGGUACUCCAAGGUUGUUGGUUUUGUGCCUACUGGAUGGACUUAUGAAGUGAAGCAUGAUAAGUUUGCGGUUAGGUCUAAGGAUUCUUGUAAGAUUCAUCUUGUGCCGUAUAGUGAGCAUUCAAACUAUGAGGAGCUUAGGGAAUAUGUGAGGUUUUUGAAACCUAAGAGGGUUGUUCCGACUGUGGGUUUAGAUGUUGAGAAGAGUGAUAGUAAACAUGUUGACAAAAUGAGAAAGUAUUUUGCUGGUUUGGUUGAUGAGACGGCCAACAAGCAAGAUUUUUUAAAGGGGUUUAAGCAGUGUGACUCUGGUGUAGUGGGUUUUGAGGUUGGGAAGGAUGUAACUGAUGAUUUGGGACCAGGGCAGAGCAUCGAGAAAGAGGUGAAGCCAUCUGAUGGGGGAGAGGAUAGUAGUAGUCCGGAUGUUAUUGUUAGUGUGCCAUCUUGUAUGGGAGAUACUUGCAAAGAAGAUCCUACAUUGUUAAAUGAAGAAGAAAAAGAGAAGGUCAUUCAAGAACUGAGUUGUUGUUUGCCCACGUGGGUUACUCGAAGCCAGGUGUUAGAUUUGAUCAGCAUCUCUGGGAGCAAUGUCGUUGAAGCAGUUUCUAAUUUCUUUGAACGUGAAACUGAAUUUCAUGAGCAAGUAAAUUCUGGUCAAACUUCAGUUCCAACACCCAGGUGUUGCUCAUCGAAUGACUCCAGUCCCAUUUCAAAAUCAAACCUCAACAAUACAAACAGCACUUUUAAAAAUUUGGACAUUUUUCCAAGUCGAGACUCUAAAUUGACCAACUCCAAAUUGACUAAACUAAGGCACACACUACCAAAUCAGAUUUCCCCUUCCAAAAGAAAGAGGAGUAGUGAAAGUAAGCCAAACAAGAAAGUAAAAGUCAAAGCAAAAUCAGAAUUGAGUGGUUCAAAGCAGGCAACAAUAACAAAAUUCUUCAGCAAAGCAACGCCGGAGAUUCCCGGUGAUACCCAAUCUGAUCAAUGUGGAACGAAUCUGGGGGAAAGCCCCAAAGUUGAAGAAUUGUUGCCAACUGCUGCUGGAAACUUGUAUAAGCAUGAGAUUGAUCAGUUUAUACAAAUAAUAAAUGGGGAUGAGUCAUUAAAAAAGCAAGCAAUUACUAUAAUUGAGAAGGCAAAAGGAGAUAUCAAUAAAGCAUUGGAUAUAUAUUACUGUGAUUCUGGCAAUCUUGGUGAAAGUGAAAUAUCAGUUCAAGGGGAGUGCAAUAUCGGCAGAUCUAUAGAGAAGAAGAAUGUGUCACAAGAGUUGAGAGUUAUACCUGAUAUAUCUAUGCAUAGAGUGUUAAAAGAUAAUGUAGAUGUAACUCAUGUAUCUUUACCAUCUGAGAAAUACAACCCCAAAGAACAUGCGUGUUGGAGUGAUGGACAGCCUGCACCAUAUUUACAUCUUGCACGAACCUUCAACUUGCUUGAGGAUGAAAAAGGAAAAAUAAAAGCUACUUCAAUGCUAUGCAACAUGUUUAGAAGUUUGUUGGCCUUGUCUCCAGAAGACGUGCUUCCUGCUGUGUAUCUAUGUACAAACAAAAUUGCUGCAGACCAUGAAAAUGUGGAACUAAAUAUUGGUGGAAGUUUAGUCACUACAGCACUCGAAGAGGCAUGCGGGACAAAUCGAUUGAAAAUUAGGGAGAUGUAUAACAAACUUGGCGACCUUGGUGAUGUUGCUCAAGAGUGUCGUCAAACACAGAGAUUGCUCGCACCACCUACACCACUUCUGAUUAAGGAUAUUUACUCUGCACUUAGAAAGAUAAGUGUGCAAGCAGGCAAUGGAAGCACAUUACGAAAGAAAGGCAUCAUUACUCAUCUCAUGCGUUCCUGCCGUGAAAAGGAGAUGAAGUUUCUUGUCCGGACCUUGGUCAGGAACUUGAGGAUUGGAGCAAUGCUUAGAACUGUUUUGCCUGCAUUGGCUCAUGCUGUUGUUUUGAAUUCUCGCCAUACUGUGUGCCAAGAAGGAACGGCAGAAAAUUUGAAAGCGGCGCUUCAGGUCCUUUCUGUGGCAGUUGUUGAAGCAUAUAACAUACUGCCAAAUUUGGAUAUCAUAGUCCCAUCUCUCAUGAACAAAGGCAUUGAGUUUUCAGUUUCAAGUUUAUCAAUGGUUCCAGGAAUCCCAAUUAAGCCUAUGCUUGCAAAGAUUAUCAAUGGCAUUCCCCAAGCAUUGAAGCUAUUUCAAAAUAAAGCCUUUACAUGUGAAUAUAAGUAUGAUGGUCAGCGAGCUCAAAUACACAGAUUAGUCGAUGGAUCAGUUCGUGUUUUUUCGAGAAAUGGAGAUGAAUCAACUUCGAGAUUCCCUGAUCUGAUUGACACAAUAAGGGAAUCUUGCAAGCCUGUUGCAUCAACUUUCAUAAUCGAUGCAGAGGUUGUUGGUAUUGAUAGAAAAAAUGGAUAUAGAAUUAUGUCAUUCCAGGAGCUAUCUUCACGUGAGAGAGGUGGCAAAGAUACUCUAGUUACUAAAGAGAGCAUAAAGGUGGACAUCUGCGUCUUUGUCUUCGAUAUCAUGUUUGCAAAUGGAGAACAGUUACUGGAUUUUCCACUCCGCCUAAGACGAAAGUAUCUGAAGGAUUUGUUCUAUGAUGAACGGCCUGGGUAUUUUGCAUAUGCAAAAGAAACAACUAUUGAAGCAGAUGACGCUUGCUUAACAUGUGAAGCCACAUUAACUAGAAUAAAUGCUUUCCUUGAAGAUGCAAUCCACUCUUCAUGUGAAGGAAUUAUGGUGAAAAUGUUGGAUAUUGAUGCUGGGUAUUCUCCAUCGAAGCGAUCUGACAAAUGGUUAAAGGUCAAGCGAGAUUAUGUAGAAGGAUUAAGUGAUACUCUCGAUUUAGUACCAAUUGGUGCUUGGCAUGGAAAUGGAAGGAAAGCUGGAUGGUAUAGUCCAUUUCUCAUGGCAUGUUUCAAUCCUGAAACUGAGGAGUAUCAAAGUGUAUGCCGAGUGAUGUCUGGGUUCUCAGACUCUUUUUACAUAGAGAUGAGAGAAAUCUUUUCUGGGGACAAAGUCUUGUCAAAAAAGCCACCAUAUUAUCAAACAGGAGAGACACCAGACAUGUGGUUUGUUCCGCAACUUGUUUGGGAAAUAAGAGGUGCAGACUUCACAGUAUCCCCAGUUCAUCAUGCUGCUAUUGGUUUAGUUCAUCCAUCUCGAGGCAUCUCAAUCAGAUUUCCAAGAUUUAUUUCCAGCGUGUCAGACAGAAAUCCAGAAGAAUGUAGCACAGCUGCUGAUAUAGUUGAAAUGUUUCAUUCACAGACUCGGAAGAUGGAUGUCACAACUAAAGGUUGA